AUGGCCAAAACUGCGCCAGGUAGUCAGAAACAGCAUAUCAGCGAGCAGCCUGUUACUCUCGGCAACUGGUAUCGCCAUGUCAACUGGGUCAACACCACCCUCAUCUUGAUCGUGCCCCUCGCUGGCUGUGUCGCUGCAUUCUAUACACCACUCAGGGCAAUCACAGCCGCCUGGGCCCUUCUCUAUUACUUCUGGACUGGACUGGGUAUCACUGCCGGCUACCAUCGCCUUUGGGCGCACAGAUCAUACGAAGCUCGCCUUCCAAUUAGACUAUUUCUCGCAUGUGUCGGUGGCGGCGCCGUCCAGGGCUCUAUCCGCUGGUGGAGCGCCAAGCACAGAUCACACCACCGAUGGACCGACACAGUCAAGGACCCAUACAGUGUGAUGAAGGGCCUGUGGUACUCGCACUUCAUGUGGAUGGUUCUGAAGCAAAAUCCCAAGACACAAGGCAGGACAGAUAUCUCCGACUUGAAUGAAGAUCCCGUCGUUGUCUGGCAACACCAGAACUAUGGAUCCGUCAUCCUCACGUUCGGCAUGCUGUUCCCUAUGCUCGUUGCUGGAUUGGGAUGGGGUGAUUGGAAGGGUGGCCUUGUCUAUGCUGGUAUUCUUCGGUUCUCGUUUGUCCAGCAAGCCACUUUCUGCGUCAAUUCCCUCGCCCACUGGUUGGGUGAGCAGCCAUUCGAUGACCGCAACUCACCUCGCGACCACGUUAUUACCGCACUGAUCACUCUGGGCGAGGGUUACCAUAACUUCCAUCAUGAGUUUCCCUCUGACUAUCGCAACGCUAUUCAAUGGUGGCAAUACGAUCCUACAAAGUGGUCUAUCUGGGUGUGGAAGCAGCUCGGUCUCGCAAGCAACCUCAAGCAGUUCCGAGCCAACGAGAUCGAGAAGGGCCGUGUACAACAGCUACAGAAGAAGCUCGACCAGAAGCGCGCUAAGCUCGAUUGGGGUGUUCCUCUGGACCAGCUGCCUGUUGUGGAUUGGGAUGACUUCAUUGCGGAAGCUCAGAGCGGCAAAGCUCUGGUUGCUAUCGCUGGCGUUGUUCACGAUGUGACCAACUUCAUCGCGGAACAUCCCGGUGGCAAGACUCUCAUUUCAUCUGCCAUUGGAAAAGAUGCCACUGCCAUAUUCAAUGGCGGUGUCUAUACCCACUCCAACGCCGCUCACAACCUUCUUUCCUCAAUGCGAGUCGGGGUGAUUCGCGGUGGUGGUGAGGUUGAGAUUUGGCGUCACCAAAACAACCAAAAGGGGAUUUAUGCUUGA